AUGGCCUCAGCAGAAUCGUCUCCGAAUCGGCAAGACCCUUUCGAAGGGAUGGAUAUUGCGGACACCGACUUUCUGAUGGACGUCGAGGGUCGCAGCUGUUGCCCGAGCUGUGGCAAGUCGCGCAAGUUUUUCUGCUACACAUGCUACGUUCCGGUCGGGGAAAUAGAAGCGCGUGUGCCCCGGCUACGGCUGCCAGUAAAAAUCGACAUCAUAAAGCAUCGGAACGAGAUCGAUGGUAAAAGUACGGCGGUGCAUGCAGCCAUACUGGCGCCGGAUGAUGUUAAAAUCUACACCUAUCCAGCCAUCCCGGACUAUCGUGAGGAGGACGGUGUUGUGUUGAUCUUUCCCACCCCGACAGCGCUUACCGUGGCGAGCCUGUUUAGUGGCGAAACGUACCAGAUGAAGGAAAAUUAUGGCUUACCGAAGGGUUAUCAUAUGGGUACGUUGUUGCGCUACCGUUUGCACGAUAUCGUGGACACACAUUUGCUGGUCCCACAGUCGAAUGGGUCCACCGGUACGAACUUCCCGGUGAAGCGAGCCGUCUUCAUCGACAGUACCUGGAGCCAGUGUCGUGGCAUCUACAAGGAUGAACGUUUAGCUUGCCUGCGUACCGUUGUGAUACAGAACAGAAUUUCUCAAUUUUGGCGUCAUCAGCGUAAUAGUCCACGGUGGUUCCUGGCUACGGUUGAAGCGAUACAUCAGUUCGUGCUGGAAGUGCACAUUGCCGCCUGGGGGCUGGACAGCCGGUAUCGUGGGCUGGAUCACAUACAUCUGAACAUGGAUCAAAUCCCCAAGGAUCGUAUUAUUCACCCGAGCGAGGUGAAUCCGGACAAUGUGCAACCAUACAACGGGCAGUAUGAUAACAUACUGUUCUUCUUCCGGCAUAUGUACAAUCUAAUACACAGCCAUUACGAUCACGAAAAGUUGAAAGCGUACAAACGACCGCUGUACUAGUGAGAAAUAUAUGAGGGAAGACAUUACU